AUGUGUUUGAACACUGGCUAUCCAUGCAACUGUCUGAGCGAUGGCAAUCCCUGUGAACCAUGUAGGAUGACGGCAAAAGACAGAGAGACGGAGGAGGCCCACCUGUCCAACAACAUCAAUGCUCAGAGUCGAGCGGGGAGCACCUGUGAACCCGAUCUCAAUGUCUCUUCCAUUGAGGUGGCGAGGGAGCGGGGCCGCAACUGGGGAUGGAUGCUGUCUGGGAUCAUUUGUGUAAACAUUCUGAUCCUGGGCUGUGCCUUGGUCAGCGGCAGCGCCUACAAUAACGUCAAUAUCAGCAGCGUUCACAUGCAGAUUUUCCUCAUCAUCCUCCUCCUCCUCACCACCAUCUGGAUGGGUUAUUAUGUCAUCUACACGGCCAGAAAAGAAGAUGCUAUUUUUUACAAGGAUGCCCAUGCAGGACCAGUAUGGCUCAGGGCGGGACUUGUGCUGUUUGGACUGCUCAGCAUUAUCAUGGACAUUUUCAAGAUAGCGAGCUAUGUGGGCUACCUCCACUGCGAUUCUGCUGUUAAGGUUGCAUUCCCUGUGAUACAACUCAUCUUCGUAAUUAUGCAGACAUACUUUUUGUGGAUCCACGCCAAGGACUGUGUGCAGCUUCAAAGGAACAUUACACGCUGUGGGCUGAUGCUCACCCUGUCUACAAAUCUGGUUGUGUGGAUGACCAUGGUCACUGAGGAGUCCCUUCAUCAAACAACAGUUCCCGAACCUCCGAGCAACUCAUCCUACAAACACACACGGAAAUUAUACAUCACUAGAGCGAGUUAUGGAGACGAUAAGUGCAAGUGCAGCCAUACUUCAUGUAGCAUCUUCAAGGAAGCCUAUUACUACUUGUACCCCUUCAAUAUUGAAUACAGUCUCUUUGCCUCUGCCAUGGCCUACGUCAUGUGGAAAAAUGUGGGCAGACUAACAGAAGAACACGGCCACCACAUCAAAUUUCGUAUAAAGGGCGUAUAUCUUGGCCCUGUGGCAGGAAUUCUAUUAGUGAUCGCAGGUCUGGCAACCUUCAUCGUAUACGAGAUGGAAAUGAAGAACGAUGAUAUUGACGAUGACCAGAGAGACAGAGCCGUGAUGAUGCACUUUGUCAUGAAUAUAGUGAUAGUGACCCUGAUGUCCAUAUCCACUGUGAUUGGCUGUGCCGUCUACCGGGUGGACCACAGGGAGCACGUAUCAGACAAAAACCCCACUCGCAGCCUGGACGUGGGGCUGCUGGUGGGAGCCUCGCUGGGGCAGUUCAUCAUCAGCUAUUUCAGCAUCGUAGCCAUGGCUGCAACUGGAGCCAAAGGCUACCUCAACAAGCUCAACCUGGCCUGGAGUGUCCUGAUGGUGAUCCAACUGGCCCUGCAGAACUUUUUCAUCAUAGAGGGUCUACAUAGGGAGCCCUACCAUGAGGUGCACCCAGUUACUGUGGUGGCAAAUCCAUACGUGCUGCAGCCGGGCAAAGAGCUGAGCAUCCUUGAAGGACCAGACGCAGACACAAAGUCCAUCCCAGUUCCCCCAGCACACGGUCUACACGGCCACGCGGCUGAGCACAAGCCCAAACUGUUGUGGAAGAGACGGGUGUUGAAGGAGGUCUGUUCGUUUCUAGUGAUGGGCAACAUCAUACUGUGGAUCAUGCCGGCGUUCGGCGCCCGUCCCCAGUUCGACCACGACACUGAAACUCAGUUCUUCAAAUUCAAUAUGUGGGCUGCGGUGGUGAACAUUGGACUUCCAUUUGGCAUCUUUUACCGCAUGCAUUCAGUCGCCAGUCUGUUUGAGGUUUUUGUGACCUCAUAAAGCCGCGGAGAGCAAUUGAUGUGUACAGCCGACUGUUUUGACAAUAUAAAGCUAUUUUGUAUAAAUUGUAGUUAGUUUUGGUGAUGCUUUGUUAUUUCUCUAUACAUUUGUAAAGGAGAUGUUGACUGACGGAUAUCAUCACACGAUGUGUGACAGUGUAAAUGUAUUCAAAUGUUAUUUUCAGAAGUCAAAAAAAGAAUGAAUGCGAAGCGAAUGUUGUAUAACUUGUUUAUGCUUAAGCCUCUGUACGCACAAAAUAAAGGUGAGCAAUUCAAAGGUUGGAGUGAGAGAAUGAUUGUGUCAGCAAUUAUUAAUUAUAUUUGUAGUACACAUAUUUUUAGUCGGCAAAAUAGUGACAUUCAGAAUAGGCUGAAUGACCU